AUGCCGCGCUCGCUCAACUCCAUCGUGGCCGUGUGCCAGAACAUGGGCAUCGGCAAGGACGGCGGCCUGCCCUGGCCGCCGCUCAGGAAUGAGUUUAAGUAUUUCCAGAGAAUGACUAGCACGUCCCAGGUGGAAGGUAAACAGAAUGCAGUGAUAAUGGGUAAAAAAACCUGGUUUUCCAUUCCGGAGAAGAAUCGCCCUUUAAAAGACCGAGUUAAUAUAGUGCUCAGCAGAGAACUCAAGGAACUCCCAAAGGGAGCACAUUAUCUUUCCAAAAGUCUGGAUGAUGCUUUAGCUCUUCUGGAUUCGCCAGAAUUAACAAGUAAAGUAGACAUGGUUUGGAUUGUUGGAGGCACUUCAGUGUAUAAGGCAGCAAUGGAGAAGCCAAUUAAUCAUCGCCUGUUUCUGACAAGAAUUUUGCAGGAAUUUGAAAGUGACACAUUUUUUCCAGAAAUUGACUUCAACAACUUCAAACUUCUCCCAGAAUACCCUGGUGUCCCUGCUGGUAUCCAAGAAGAAAACGGCAUCCAGUACAAGUUUGAAGUGUAUGAAAAGGUUGUCUCGGCACAAUAAACGAGGCUUUCUGAACUUCCACAUAAGGUUUGGCAUAUCUACUAAUUCAACAAGUCCAACACUGAGAAGGCAUCAAAGAUUCUAAGCUUGAUUGGGAUGGUUUCUACAUUUAUAAGGACCUUUUCAAUGUGUGGAAGAAAGGGAAAUUAAGUUUGAAAGCAUAACAAAGGAUAAGAAGGAAUAAGAUUGCUCAAGUAAUGUUGAAAUGGAGCUCAGAAGUCUCAGGCAGUAAUCCAGGGAUACCCGGAUCCUUCAUGGAAGUCCUUUAUCAUCAUCUUAGCCAUCCUGGGUACAUGGCCUACAUCAUUCCUCUUGACUGAAAAUACUGUAUUACAGCUUAAUCUGAUGAAGUUGUUUAGUUUUCCAUUGACCUAACACUUGUGUAAAAGCUUGCAGAUCCUUCUGGCUUCCCUACAAAACUGCUAUGUCAGCUUGUCUGUGACCACAUUGUUGUGCAAGAACAUAAACAUACGUCCUUAAUAGUGUCUUUUUCCUGUCCUUUCUGAGUUUUAUCAAAACGUAUGGUGUUAACUUACUUUGUCAGUGGAUUUCAAAUGUGGUGUGUGGCAUAGAAAUACGGCCUAUGAACAGAUCAUGGGCUUCCCUUUCUUCUUUGGAGGAGCUGAGAUGGUACCAUUCUGCUUUAUUAUUCCGCAGCAGUGGGAAGCAUCACCUGGCACUGUGCUCCCAUGGCAUUCUGGAGGAGUGGAGUACCAAGGGGUGCCAGAUGCCUCUGUGCCGGCACUGACAAGGCCUCACAGCACCAGCCACGCUAGUGCGUUGCUGUGUUCUGACUGCCCCUGCCCGGGAUGUGCUUUGCCCAGCUCUGCUUCCCUGUGCUCCAGCUACCACCCUGAGGAUGAGAGUGGACCAGAAGGGAUCCCUGCCUCCUCGUCACUGCUGGUCAACCUGGGAAAGUUAAACCUUUAAUUGAAGGAACCUCAAGGAACUUAGACCUCAAAAAUCUGCCACCUCUUUSCCUAGAGCAAUAGCAUUUUUAAAGCUUCAUCACAUGAAGCGGUAUGAGAGGUUCAUUGAUAAGGCAAAAACAUUUAGAAUAUCGACUUUGAACAGCCAUUGAGUUUUUCAUGACAGCAUGACAACAAUUUAAUAGUGCCAAGAAUAAUUUUUGUAGUUUCUGUCUCUGUUCRUUUGCAGUCUUAAGAAUCUAAGUACUUUCUUUUGUUGGUCUUCUU